AUGCAUUUCCCCGGCGUGGCACUCGUUACUGGAGCAGCUUCAGGAAUCGGUCGUGCCACGGCCAGGCUCUUUGCAAAGGAAGGAUGUCGCAGGAUAGCCAUUGCCGACGUGCAGGCGGCGGCGCUGAAAAAGACUCGAGAGGAGCUCGAGGCCGAAUAUAAAGGCGUCGAGGUCAUUGACAUACCGACCGACGUCACGUCCGAGUCGUCGGUGACAUCCCUGAUCAAAUCAACGGUCGACCGCUUCGGCCGGGUCGACUACGCGUGCAACGUGGCGGGGAUCCUCCUCCCCGGCGUCACGACCGAGUACUCCGUCAGCCAGUGGGACAAGCAGUUCUCGGUCAACACGCGGGGGAUGUGGCUGUGCCAGCGGGCCGAGAUCACGCAGAUGCUGAAGCAGGAGCCCCUGCGCGCGUCCGACACGACGUUCCCCGCCCGUGGCUCCAUCGCCAACGUGGCGUCCAUGGCCGGGCUGCGCGUCUACGACAACCUCCCCGCCUACUGCGCGAGCAAGCACGCCGUGAUCGGCUUCACAAAGGCCGACGGCCUUCAUUUCGCCCGGGACGGCAUCCGGGUCAACGCCAUCUGUCCCGGCGUGAUCAAGACGCCCAUGCUGGGCGAGGUGCCCGAGGAGGACGACACGAAUCUCGACGAGAUGGUGCGCGAGAUGGCCAUGAAGAGGCAAGGGUUGCCCGAGGAAAUCGCCGAGGCUCUGGUCUGGAUCACGAGCGGGCGAGCCAGCUUCGUCACGGCGACGACCCUGGCGCCUAAUGGAGGUGAGCAAGCACUGUCCCACUCCCUGGCUGCCCGUCUGGGGGGCCUUGAUGCUUUCGAUAUAAUAUAG